CGGGCAUCCGGCUGAAGAUCGAGGACCAAAAGGCGUUUUUUUUCCCCACCAAUAACGGUUUUUGGGAGUAGUUGUGGUGUUUGGAACUGGGGAACGGAGAUAAGCAUAGCAGAGGCAACCCACCUCUCCUGGUUGAAGGAAAAAGAGAGACAGAGGGAGCCACAGAGCACCACAGAGGAGAAACGAUUGAGACCGAAGACACAGUGCCGCAGAGUGAGAGUUGCCUCAACCCAGCAUCAUGCCUCGCUGCAGACUGGGCCCUCCCACCAUGGUACUCUUGGUGAUCCUACAGGGAGCAGCGGUGGUGUUACUCUUCGGCUGGUAUGUCCAGCUCAGCCCAUGCGGCCCCACCCCCUCCCAGGGCAAAGUUCAUGUGUUGCUGUUGUCAUCAUGGCGAUCAGGCUCAUCCUUCUUGGGCCAGGUAUUCAGCCAGCACCCAUCUGUUUUCUAUUUAAUGGAGCCCGCGUGGCAUGUCUGGACCAAACUAAAGAUGCCUGGCGCCCGGGCACUUAGGAUGGCAGUGAGAGAUCUAAUCCGGAGCGUAUUCCAGUGUGACUUGUCCGUGAUGGAGGCCUACAUGCCAGAGCACCACAACGUGUCCUCCUUGUUCAUGUGGAGUCAUAGCCGUGCCCUGUGCUCCCCACCAGCCUGCUCUCUCACGCCGCGGAACCAGUUCAGCAACCAGACGGAGUGCAGCCAGCGCUGUGAUGCCACAGGGCUGCAGGGGGUUGAGGAGGCCUGUCACUCUUACAGUCAUGUGGUGCUGAAAGAGGUUCGUUUCUUUGAGUUGGAGUCACUCUACCCACUCCUCCAGGACCCCAGCCUGGACCUCCGCGUCAUCCACCUGGUCCGGGAUCCACGGGCCGUGGUGCGAUCACGAGAGCAGUCAGCCAAAGCCUUUAUCAGAGACAAUGCAAUCGUCCUGGACCAGGGGGACACCCCUGUCGCAGACACACAGUACCGCGUCAUGCAAGAGAUCUGCCGCAGCCACGUGCGCAUCCAUGAGAGGGCCACCUUGAAGCCCCCGGGGUUUCUGAAGGGCCGCUACAAGAUGGUACGCUACGAGGACAUGGUGCGCGAUCCGCUCAUAGAGAUUAAUGCAAUGUACGAGUUUGUCGGUCUGGAGAUGACCGCGCCACUGCAGGAAUGGAUCUAUAAGGUGACCCAUGGAAAAGGAAAAGGUUCCAAGAAAGAGGCAUUUCAAAUCACUUCACGUAAUGCAGCUGACGUCUCCCAGGCAUGGCGUACCACGCUGGCCCACGACAAGGUCAAGCGUAUCCAGGAAGUGUGUAAGGGUGCUAUGUCAUUGCUGGGGUACAGGACGGUUGACAGUGAGAAAGAGCAGAAGAGACUUGAAUUGGACCUUCUGGUGCCAAGGGAACGGUACCAGUUCAGUUGGCUCCCAGCCAAAACGGCAUCCUAAUAAUAUUUAAAAAUAAGUGACUGAGUGGCGCUUUUAAUUUAUAACUAUAACUAUAGAGUCCAAAUAGUCUUUACUGGCAAUAUUAGGAAAUGAUAUAACGCCAUUGUAUGUAGGUCACUCUCAGCUGAGG